AUGAAGUUCUCCACCUCUUCCGAGUUGAUGCUCAACCAGAAGCAUGCCGAGGUCAUGUCCCCCGACAAGGCCUUUGAGGUCCUGCAGACGCCCUCGGGACAGUCUCUCUUCUUUUCCAUCGGCACAGACGAUGUCUUCUACGUGACGAGGGAGGCCGGACACUCCGUCACAGGCUGGCAAAAGGUCGACCUCUCCUCGCGCCUUUCCUCCUCCUAUGGCGGCAAGGCGGUGGCGGCCAAGCGCUUCGACGUCAGUCAGAACUCGGCUACCAUGGCCAUAGAUAUCAUCCUGGCCAUCACCGUCGACGGCGAGGACUACCUCCAUGUCUCCACCGGCAACCCGGCCGAUCUUGUCGACUGGAGCGACGGCGUCGAGUGGACGGCCAUGCCCUGGGAUGGAGGCAGUGAGCCCUCGCCCCUGAUCAUCACCAAUGUCUACCAUCUCAACGUGGCCAAGUCCUCGGGUCCCGUGCUGACCUGCUUCGUCGAGGUCCUCCGCACGCCCGGUCACGGUCUCCAGUUGAUUGACCGCUACUACCUCGACUUUGACGGCCUCCCCCGCUGGCAUAAGCAUGCCCUUGCCAUCGACUUCUCGGCCAGCAGUGUCGUCACGGCGCUCGGCCAGAGACCAGGCGAUUUCGUCUCGUGCAUCUACUCGUUUGGCGCCGUCAACGGCACCGAGCAGAUGAUUGCCUGUCCCCGCAUCAACGCCUUCCGACCCGACACGGCCCCCAGCCCUGCGCGGCUGCGCAUCCCCGACGGGACGACCUACAUCGCCAGCUGCAGCGACGGAUCAUCCAGCGGCAACACGAAUCUGUUCGUGGCGGCCCCGGGCGGUCUGUACAUGUUUGCGCCCAACAACCAGAAGGAUUUCGCGGACCCGGUGCUGGUGCUGCCGUCUCCUGUCACCAACGGUGUCCCUCUCUUCGCCGGCGUGACGCGCAUGGCCGCGCGUGUUGAUCCCGCCCAAUCUCGCACCGUCAUCUGGUGCCGCAAUGCGCAGGGGAACCUCUUCUACGUCUCGUGUCCCACGGGCCACGAGGCCACACAGUCGGCAUGGUCUACGCCUGUGCCUCUGUACCGAGGCGUCGAGGACUUUGCCUUCUACCUCAACGUCAACCACGCGUACACUGUUCUCUUCGCGCAGAUCUCCGGCCAACAGAUUGUCCAGCUGACGCAAGAUCCCACCACGUCCGUGUGGUCGUCGCGAACGAUCAAUCUGCCCUCGACGAGUGUCGACAAGAUUGUUGAGUUCCAAAGCUUCACGACGCAGUUGACGCUGGAAAAGGAGGCGAGCGACGAUGAAAAUGUCCUCGUGGGCGACACGGAUGUCUACUUCACAUCCACGAGCCCCGUCUCGGUGUACAUCAACAACGAGUAUUACGUGCUGAGCCCCAGCGUGCCCAUCCCCACCAGGCCCGACGCGUCAGGUGCAUUUACCAUCAUCCAGCCGGCCGACUCGCUUGCCGCGGUGCAGUACCAGGCCAGACUGACGCCAUCAGGCGCUCCCCUCCAGAUCGACCCACUCGCAAAGGCGUUUGCAAAGCUCCAAGGCAUCACGUCGGGGGAUGACCUCGCCGACGUCCAGAUUCCGACUGGCACCAACGGGUCUUCCACAAAGCCAUUGCUCCCUUCCGACACGAACAACGCGGAAACCCGCGACGCGCUCGCCCACGCCGUUUCUAACCUGCUGGAAGCCAAAUCCACCCUCCCCUCUGAUGGUUCGGUUCAAGAUGCUCAAUCGACAAAGCUGGCGCUCGCCGCCCGAUCUUUGGCAACGCCGCGCGUCAGGACGUGGGGUCUCUCCUUCAAGGGUGGCCUCAAGUACGUCGAGGGCGAGGAGGCGUCCAAGUCUCUUUCGGCCAAGGUCGGCCAGUCGGGCAAUGAUGGUCUUGUCCGGCGCGCGACCGUGGGCGACCGCAUCACUCUGCUGUGGGGCGACUUGAAGGAGUUCGUCAGGAACGCGCUGGACGGACUCCAAGAAAUGGUUCUCGACUUUGUUGACGGUGCGUGGAAGCUUGUCUGCGAGAUCGGUGGUCAAAUCUAUGAAGCCGUCAUCGACUGCGUGAAUGCCGUCGUGGGUGCUCUCGAGUUCAUUUUCGACAAGAUCAAGGUCUUUUUCGAGGAUCUGAUUGCCUGGCUUGGCUUCCUCUUCAACUGGGACGACAUUAUCAGAACACAGCGCGUCAUGAAGAACCUGUUCAGGCGCUACGGGGAGAAUCUGGUCGACUCUCUCGACACGGCGCAGGAUUCCAUCUCGGAGAUGUUUGAGGGCUGGGAGGACAAGGUGGCCCAGUGGGCCGGGCUGCCGGAUCCCGACGACAGCCAGGCCCUAGGCAGCUUCCAGAGCCAAAAGAGCGGCGUCGGUGGCGUCAGCGACCCGCAGUGCGCUUGGGGAUCUCAUCACGUCAAGAACGGCGCCUCUGCGUCCGUCAGCUCGGUUCCGGGCCUGGGCGGCAGCGGGGGCUUCGGUGCUCUCCUCGAGGAGCUCAAGGACCUGGUCGAGAGCCAGGCGGACGAGGUCAUUGGCACUGUCGAGCAGAUCAAGACCGAUGUCAUCGACCAGGUCCAGUCGCUCACGCCAAUCGAGAUUGUGAAGCGUCUCGUCGGCAUCUCGGCCAAUCUGAUGUUGGGGGUAGCCAAGAACCUAGUCGUGUCCGUGAUUGGGAUUCUCAAGUCCAUCAUGCAGGGUGUGAUGGCCCUCCUCGAUAAGACCGUCAAGAUCCCUAUCAUCUCCAAGAUCUACAAGCUGGUCACCGGCAGCGACCUCUCGAUGCUCGACCUGAUGUGCCUCGUCGCCGCCAUCCCGUCGACCAUCAUCUACAAGGUCAUCAGCAACGAGACGCCCUUCCCGCAAGACUCCGCCACCUCGUCGCUGAUGAAAGCCUCCAGCAUCGGCAGCAUCCGGUCGCAGCUCGCCGCCUCGCCCGUCAUGAUGGAGCGUGUUGUGGUCACCUUCAACAUUGCGGCCCUCGUCGGGUCGGGCGUCUACGUGGUGCUCGACCAGGUGCAGGCCGCCAACGCCAUCCCCGUCGUCGGCGCCCUCUCGGCGUCGAGCUUCCUCGUCUUUGUGGCCCCGGCCAUCGCGGCCGCCUUUGCCAUGCCCGACACGCCGGCCAUCCGCUUCAACAACGCCAUGACAGCCAUUGCCGUGUCAAAGUCGUUUGCCGACAACGUCAGCCCGCUGCGGAGCAAUCCCCUGUGGACCGAGGCCGUGGGCCCCGGCAGCGAGACCAUGAUCAACCUGCUCUGGAUGGUGCCGGCCGUCAUGACCAUUGCCGACAUGGACGGUCCCAACGCGAGCGACUUUGUUGCGCUCGGCGCGGCGCUGGCGGCCGGCCUGGGCGGAUCUCUGGCCUUCUUCGACAUGAAGAUCUUGGCGGUUUCGGGGCCUGUCAAGCUCGUUGCGGAGCUGGUAGCGGCGGGACUGAACAUUUCGUACGGCGCAUUGAGCCUGGUGUAUGGCCACCUUUUGGUGCUUGAUCUAUAG